AAUGUCUGGCCUCGAACAAGGAAGUGCUGCAAAGGUAUUUGAUUGGUUCGUUGAGGUGGAAGGAAAUCCGGUCAGAUAGAAAAAUAUUAGAGUUUCUCAGGUCGGGGCUCCAGAGAUGUAAAUGUAAGCUUUCGGAUAAACGAGAAUAAACCACGUAGAUUUCAAAUGGCACAUAAUGGCGACAUAGUUCCGGCUACGAAUCUACGGUAACGGCGGCUGUGCUUCUUCGUUUCCCCGCCCCCUCCGGAAAAGUCAAGCUAGUCGUCAUUAUUUUUAUUUUUUAAGGUGACGUGGAGUCGGACCCCUUCUUCCACACUGUCUCGUGUGUCAUUAAAAGUACACUAUGUACCCUGAUAUGAAUGCAGUUUAUUCAGAACACGCUGGGACACUGCUCUGAGGAUCUGAAGAUGUGGACUCUUUAAUGUUGCACUGAGUCUCGGUACAGACGGGGCACAGAGGAGACUGUAGGGGCCUGGAGUCCCAGGAAUCCAGCGGACAGACUGGUUUCGUGCGAUCUGCAGCAUCAGGACUAAAGUGACACAACUUGAACUGGGGUUAUGCAGUGUGGAACAGGACACCUGCCAGGUGGCUGCCAGAGGACGAUGAGCCUGCACUGCAUCUUGAUCAUCUGCUUGUUCUCAGGCUGGGCAGUGGGUUACAAGCAGGGGGACAACGUGACUCUCUAUGUUAACAAAGUGGGCCCUUAUCAUAACCCCCAUGAGACAUAUCACUACUACACCCUGCCUGUUUGCAGGCCAGAUAAGGUGCACCACAAGUCCCUUAGUCUGGGAGAAGUGUUGGAUGGAGACAGGAUGGCUGAAUCGUUGUAUCUGAUCCGAUUCAGAGAAAAUGUGGAGAAGAAAACGGUCUGCCAGCUCACUCUGUCAGACAAACAGGUGGAUGAGCUUCGUGAGGCCAUCGAGGAGCUGUUCUACUUUGAAUUUGUCCUGGACGAGAUUCCAAUCUGGGGGUUUGUGGGAUACAUAGAGGAGAGCGGCUUCCUGCCUCACAGCCACAAGGUGGGUUUGUGGACUCAUCUAGACUUCAACAUCGAGUACAACGGUGACUCUGUGAUUUUUGCCAACGUCUCAGUGAAAGAUGUGAAACCUGUUCCCCUGGAGGAGGGGGCGGGGGCAGCAGUGGGUGGAGUUGGAGUGGGUGGAGGCAGCCUAACAGUGACCCACACCUACAGUGUACGCUGGUUUGAAUCCCCCCUUACUCAUGCCCGGAGAGCUGAGCGCCUCAGGGACUACUCCUUCUUCCCUAAAACACUUGAGAUCCACUGGCUGUCCAUCAUUAACUCACUGGUGCUGGUGGUGCUGCUGCUGGGCUUCGUCAUCAUCAUCCUCAUGCGCGUCCUGAAGAAUGACUUUGCCAGGUACAAUGUGGAGGAGGAUGGGGGCUGUGAUGAUUUGGAUCAGGGUGACAACGGCUGGAAGAUCAUACACACGGACGUCUUCAGGUUUCCUCCGUACAAAAGUCUGCUGUGUGCUGUGCUGGGAGUGGGGGCUCAGUUUCUUACCCUUGCCACAGGAAUCAUCAUCAUGGCGUUGCUGGGAAUGUUCAAUGUGCACAGACACGGUGCCAUCAACUCUGCAGCUAUUGUCCUGUAUGCUCUGACCAGCUGUGUGUCAGGCUACGUGUCAUGCAGCUUCUACACACAGAUCAACGGGCAGCGCUGGGUAUGGAACAUCAUCCUCGCCUCAGCGCUUUUCUCUGCUCCUCUGUUCCUGACCUGGAGUGUGGUAAACUCCGUCCACUGGUGGAGUGGCUCCACUCAGGCUCUGCCAGCCACCACUGUGCUCCUCCUGCUGGGUGCAUGGGUGCUAGUGGGCUUCCCGCUCACCGUCAUAGGCGGCAUUGUGGGAAAGAACCGAGCUGGCAGCUUCCAGGCACCCUGCCGCACACGCAACAUCGCCCGACAGAUCCCCACACAGCCGUGGUACAAACACACGGCUGUUCACAUGUCCAUCGGAGGCUUUCUGCCCUUCAGUGCCAUCUCAGUGGAGCUGUACUACAUCUUUGCCACUGUUUGGGGGAGAGAGCACUACACUCUUUAUGGCAUCCUGCUGUGUGUGUUUGCCAUCCUCCUCUCAGUCGGUGCGUGCAUCUCUGUGGCGCUCACGUACUUCCUUCUGUCAGGCGAGGACUACAGGUGGUGGUGGCGGAGCGUGCUCAGCACCGGCUCCACCGGCCUCUUCAUCUUCGUCUACUCUGUUUUCUACUAUCGGAACCGGUCCUCUAUGAGCGGCCUGGUGCAGAGCACAGAGUUCUUCGGCUACUCUCUGCUCACGGCGAUGGUUUUCUCUCUGAUGCUGGGCAGCGUGUCGUUCUGGGCGUCUCUGGCAUUUAUUCGCUACAUCUACCGGAGCCUCAAGAUGGACUAGAGAGGAAAUGUGAAGGCAUGGAUAUACAACUAUAAACAAACAUAUCCUUGUAGCACACAUGGACAAUCUACAUACUGUCCUUUUGCUCUUUUGUCAUACACAACGCGACAUACACAGAUACACACCUUGGGUUAAUGGGAGCAGACAUGGGGCCUUUACUUGAGUAGCUGAUGGAAGUCUAGCUGUGGUUGAAUAAGGGAUGACUGGAUGGUAACAGACGACAUCAGUGACUUUAUGCGGUGGAUCAUGUAUUUAAGGAUAAAAUGGGAUGUUUCAGUAAAAAGGGAUUAUUACGUCCUUAGAAAUUGAAUGGGUUUAAUGUGUAACACUAUUAAAACAGAGAUUUCAUUGCUGUAUGAUGCAGUGUGCAUCAAAUGCUAAGAUUCCGUCUUUAAGGUCAACCAGGGCCCGGCAGGAUCCACACACCCUGUAAACCCCACAUUACUCAGUUUACUCUAUUAGACGGUUGACCAAGUAGUUCUGAUCAAUAAAGCAACUGUGAAAGGAUAUAUCUUGCAGUUUUAUUUCCAAACACUUAAAUAUUGGCAGCAUAUUCUUAUGUAAUGGAAGAAGGUUCAUCUGGCCCUGCAGUGAAGAAGUGAACGAUGCCUUUAAGAUUCAACAGCUGUUGAAAAUGUGGGUGAUGGGAGCAAUGUUGUCGUUGUAGUCUAUGACUGACUGUGAUCUUGGUUCUGAUGUACAUAUGGUCUUUUCAAUAAAGAGCUUUUUAAUAAA